AUGUCUCUUUCAGCUGCAGCUAAUAAGAUAUCUGACAACGAUUUUCAAAAUAUUGGACCGGCACCUAGACCUCCCAGUUCAAAUAGCCAGGGCCGUACCGGUUACAACCAAACGCAACCUAUAACCAAACUCAUGAGUCAACUGGAUUUAACAUCAGCGUCCCAUUUAGAUACAAAUCUUUCAAAGAAAAAAAGCGGAUGGGUGUCCUACAAAGAUGAUGGUAUACUGUCAUUUAUAUGGCAAAAGAGAUACCUGAUGCUACACGAUUCGUAUGUAGCACUUUAUAAAAACGAUAAACAGAAUGACGAUGCGAUCUUGAAGAUACCACUAACCAGUAUUAUAAGCGUAAGCAGGACUCAGUUGAAACAGUAUUGUUUCGAGUUGAUACGCUGCAAUGACCGAAAUUCUGUAUCGUCAGGAUCCUCGUCCUCUUUAAAUGUAUCAUCAGACAAUAACUCAAAAAAAUCCAUAUACAUUGCUACGAAGACAGAAAGCGAUUUGCAUACUUGGUUAGACGCCAUUUUUGCCAAAUGUCCAUUAUUGAGUGGUGUUUCUUCUCCAACAAACUUCACACAUAAAGUUCACGUUGGUUUUGAUCCAGAAACAGGUAGUUUCGUUGGCAUGCCCACCAACUGGGAGAAAUUACUAAAACAUUCCAGAAUUACAGGAGAAGAUUGGAACAAUAAUUCAGCGGCCGUCAUUCAAGUGUUGCAGUUUUAUCAGGAAUAUAAUGGAGCCGGAAACUCCACGAAUACUUCAGACAAGUCUCAGAGUAGUGAAACUGCCUCCUCUCAAAAAUCGCUGCCAAGCAGUUAUAGCGAAAGCAAACUCAGAAAUAAUUCAGUAAAUUCAAAGUCAUCCUCAGGCGUUUCAUCAGGCAUGGUAUCACAAAGACAAGCCCCACAACCACCAAAUACCAAAUCACCUGUUUCUCUAGGAAGCGGCUCACUGCCACCAAUAAAUACAAAAUUGCCCAAUAGUCAGUCAAAUAUUCCUAGACAUUUACAAAACGUUCCUAAUCAACAAUAUACUAAGAUGAGAAACGGACAUUCCCCAACCAAUGGACAAUUUCCUAGGGGACCAAUGCAUCCAAACCAUUCUCAACGAUCUUUGCAGCAACAACAGCAAAAACAACAGCAUCAACAAUAUCCAUACCACCAGCAAGGAGCUUCUCCAUCUCCCUCUACAUCUUCAUCUCCAUUAAAUCCUUAUAGGCCACAUCACAAUAUGAUAAACCCCUAUUCCAAGCAACCUCAAUCACCAUUAAGUUCACAGUCAACCCAAAACCAAGCUAUACCCCGUUAUGUACAAAACUCCAGUCCUACGGCCACACACUUUCAACCUCAAAGAACAGCUCCAAAACCGCCGGUAUCAGCUCCAAAAGUCCCAUACCCAUCAAACCAAAGUGCUGCUAGUAACACACCUAUACAGCAUGUCGCACCUAAGAAUGAUCAGUCAACUCUACAAGCAAUGAGGCAGGCCCCAAAGAGACCAGAUGCGGAUGCCAAACAACCGGCUGGCGUCACCAAACCUAAGAAGCCAACAAGGCCAACUAUGUCGACUGCAGAAAUAAUGAGUAAGUUGAAAAGCGUCACUGUAAAUGCGGACCCAUCUCAAUGUUUCAAAGUGAUUGAGAAAGCCGGUCAAGGUGCAAGUGGUUCCGUUUACCUUGCUGAGAGGACGCAUAUUCCGACCGAGAGUAAUAUGAUUGAACUUAUAAACAAUGAGAUUGAUGAACCCCAUGUCGGAGAUAAAGUUGCUAUCAAGCAAAUGGUUCUAUCUAAACAACCUCGUAAAGAACUCAUAGUGAAUGAAAUUUUGGUUAUGAAAGAUUCGCGCCAUAAGAAUAUUGUCAAUUUUCUCGAGGCUUAUUUAAGAACUGAAGAUGACUUAUGGGUUGUGAUGGAGUUUAUGGAAGGUGGUUCACUAACAGAUAUCAUCGAAAGUAGCCCCACGAACGAUACUUCACAUUCUCCAUUAACAGAACCUCAAAUUGCAUACAUUGUCCGAGAAACUUGCCAAGGCUUGAAAUUUCUGCACGAUAAGCAUAUCAUUCAUAGGGAUAUUAAAUCUGAUAAUGUCUUGUUAGACACUAGAGCAAGGGUAAAAAUUACUGAUUUCGGGUUUUGCGCUAGAUUGACUGAUAAAAGAAGCAAAAGAGCCACUAUGGUUGGGACACCUUACUGGAUGGCACCUGAAGUUGUCAAACAACGUGAAUACGAUGAAAAAAUUGAUGUAUGGUCUUUGGGUAUUAUGACCAUUGAAAUGUUAGAAGGUGAACCACCAUACUUAAAUGAGGAUCCAUUAAAGGCGCUGUAUUUAAUUGCGACUAACGGUACGCCAAAGCUCAAGUAUCCAGAAACUUUGUCUUUAGAAAUUAAACGAUUCCUAAGUGUUUGCCUUUGCGUAGAUGUUAGAUAUAGGGCAUCAACUGAAGAGCUUCUACACCAUGGUUUCUUUAAUAUGGCAUGUGAUCCAAAGGAUUUGACAUCACUGUUGGAGUGGAAGGAGUGA